CAGCCAAAAGCUGCACUUGAGCAAUUCCUGUUGAAACCCACCUCUCCAUUUACCACAAUGCAACACCUCAAUAACCGCGCAGAGAAUCAGCAAGGCAGCCCAGUGGCGUGUGAGAUGGAAAACUUUGGGAAAGGAGGCUGGGUGAAUCAGGCUUACAGUGGCUCUCCUGCACCCAUCAGAUGCCCCAUCAACACUGUCUACAACCCUCAGCCCAUGUUCCACAGCUCUUUGGAGAACAUGAACCAGCUGAAUCUGCCUAACCCCUAUCUGGCUGGGGAUAAAGUGCGAACAAACCCCUCAAACGAGAAGAAGUCUGGAUGCUGCUCUUUUCUCUUGAGAGCCGUCAAAGGACUGUGGGGAACAGCUCUAAGAAAGGACACAAAGGCGAAUCCUGAGCUCAAUGUCAAAGCAAAUCUCAAAGAACUGCUCAUCUACAUUGUUUUCCUAGUGGAUUUGUGCCUGUUGACCUAUGGUAUGACCAGCAGCGCCACCUACUAUUACACGAAAGCUAUGACUGAUCUCUUUGUAAACUUACCGGGUGACAGUGGACUCAGCUUUGCCUCCAUCAGCUCCAUGAAUGAUGUCUGGACAUACAUGGACAGCCCGUUACUUGACAGCCUGUACUGGACAAAGUGGUACAACGACGAGCCUCUUCCAAAUGAAAAUCAAUCCUUCAUUUACUACGAGAACCUGUUGUUAGGAGUCCCUCGCAUUCGACAGAUCAAAGUCAAAAACAACUCCUGCACCGUGCAUCCAGACUUCAAGCGGGAGAUUUCAGACUGUUUUGAUGUGUACAGCGAAAAGAAAGAAGAUGACAGCAGGUUUGGACUGAUCAACGGAACAGCCUGGCAGUACCAUACAGAAAAGGAGCUCAAAGGGUCGAGUCACUGGGGUUUACUGACCACAUACACCGGAGCAGGAUAUUAUCAAGACCUGGCGAAGACCAAAGAAGAGAGCGCCGCUAUCCUGAUGGACCUCAGAAACAACCUGUGGCUCAGCCGUGGAACUCGGGUUCUUUUCAUUGAUUUCACUACGUACAAUGCCAACAUCAAUCUCUUCUGCGUUUUAAGAUUAGUGGUUGAAUUUCCAGCUACCGGUGGAGUGAUUCCAUCCUACCAGAUCCGUACGGUAAAGCUGAUUCGUUACGUCACCACGUGGGACUUCUUCAUCAUCGGCUGCGAGAUCUUUUUCUGCGUCUUCAUACUCUAUUACAUUGUGGAGGAGAUUCUGGAAUUCCGAAUCAAUAGACUGUCCCAUUUCAAGAACAUCUGGAACAUACUAGAUCUAGUGGUCAUACUGCUUGCUGUGGUAGCAAUAAUCUUCAGUGUGUUUCGGACCAUCAAAGUGGACGAGUUACUUGGAGACCUUCUAGAACACCCGGACAUCUACGCUGAUUUCGAGUUUCUGGCAUUCUGGCAAACUCAAUACAAUAACAUGAAUGCAGUCAAUUUGUUUUUUGCUUGGAUUAAGAUCUUCAAGUACAUAAGUUUCAAUAAGACGAUGACCCAGCUUACAUCCACUCUGGCUCGCUGUGCAUUAGACAUCUUCGGAUUCGCCAUUAUGUUCUUCAUUGUGUUCUUUGCAUAUGCUCAGCUGGGUUACCUGCUCUUUGGAAUGGAAGUUCCAACAUUCAGCACAUUUAACAAGUGCAUUUUCACACAAUUUCGAAUCAUCCUUGGAGAUUUCGAUUAUAAUGCCAUUGACCAGGCAAACAGAGUUCUUGGACCAAUAUACUUUUUCUCCUAUGUGUUCUUUGUCUUCUUUGUGUUACUGAACAUGUUUCUGGCCAUCAUCAAUGACACAUACUCUGAGGUGAAGUCAGAACUCGCUUCUCAGAAAGAUGAGUUCCAGAUUACAGAUCUCAUCAAACAGAGUUACGAGAAAACCAUCAUGAAACUGAAUCUUAAAAAGGAAAAGAUCGCCGAUGUUCAGAAAGCCCUGGAUUCAGGUUCAAGUGAGCUGCAGUUUAAAGAUUUCAGGGAUGCUUUGAAAGAAAUGGGUCAUGCUGACCAUGAGAUCUCAGCCGCUUUCUCCAGAUUUGACCAAGAUGGGAACCAGACUUUGGACAAGCAGGAGCAGGAGAGAAUGAAACAAGAUCUGGAGGAAAAAAGGGAUGCACUCAGUGAAGAGCUUCGUAAUCUUGAAAACAGUGUUGAAUCAGCGGAGGACCACAGUGAGAAGACAGUUCCUCCGGUCGUCUUUCAGAGACUGGUUCACAAAGUUGAUCAGCUUGAAAAUGCCGUGAUCACUAUAUUGUCCAAACUGGAUGUUAUCAUGGAGAAAGUGAGACUUCAAACAUUCAACACAGACAUGGAUAGGCAGACUACUAGAGAUGAAUCAAGACCGGCUUCAGGGGGGAAUAUUCAGGUAAACCUGGAUAGAGCCUUGGCUCAGGGACCAGCAUCCUGGUCAUUAGCUGGUCCGAUGGGGAAUAUGAGGAAUCGUUUGUACCCAGAUGUCGGGUGGCCAGUCGUCACUGAGAACAGUAGUUCUGCACGUCACUGAUUCAUCAAAACCUGAGUUUCAAACCGACUAAUAAUUGGCUUCAUUUAAGCCUGGUCUGUGGAUAAACAGACUCAGAAUGUGA